AUGCAAUAUGAUAAAUAUGACGUAAAACAUUAUUCUCAACGAUAUCAGCAGAUCGCUAGAUGUCAAUUUGAACUUAUUCAAGAUUUAUCUCAAAAUGAUAUUGAACCUUCAUUUUAUGAAAAUGAAGUCCUAUUGUCUUCUCGUCCUGUAAAAUCAGUUGUCAACCGUUCUUAUUAUCGUGCCUAUAUCGGUCCUUUGACUGAUGACAUCGAUAAAAGCUGUUUAAAAGCAAUUCUCGAGACAUCUUUCGGUCCUGUAGAUGCUCUUGAUUUUAUCCCUGGAAAAUCAUGUGCCUUUGCGAAUUUCGCUUCACCUAACGCAUAUAAUAAUGCUGUUAGCGUUGGUGCUAUCCAAGUUAAAGGAAAUGUUUUGAGCGUAGAACAAGCUAAAAGACCUCCAAGAUCUUCGCGUAACAACAACCGAAAGAAAAUUGUUACAGCAUAG